GCCCUCGUCCAGUCCAGCUUUCAAAACCUACAUCCUUGUUGGUCGCUUCCCCGUCGUCAAGCUGCUGCCUCUCUACCCGGCAGAGGAUCAAAAGGACCAUUUCGACACCAAUACAGCGCGAAAACCCCACGCCACCCACACAUGCAACUACAAAAAACCUCGAAUUCCCUUCCGAGCGCGAGAUGGACUUCGUUCGAGAAUUGGGAAUACAACGGCAUGAAAGAGCGGUUAUUGAGGUCGUUCGACACUCUCGAUAAAGAUGUUCUUAUACGCCAUGCUGAGCGCAUCAAAGGCCAGAAGCUCGCAAUGAGCGAUCCUUUUUCAGCAGGACAAUCCUGGAUCUGUUUCGAGAUGGUCGCCGAGGACGGUAGCCUGGUGAUUGCCCGUGUCCGAUUGCCUCGGCAUCCCGAUAUCCUCCCAACAGUUACGGAGGAAGACGAAAACUACGCAAUCGCGUGCGAAAUAUCGACGAUGCGUUUCGUGGAUGAGAACCUCCCAGCUGUGGUUGUUCCAAAAGUAUACGCCUACGAAGGCCCCGGAUCUCAACUUGCCACCGAUGCUGGUGCCAUCUACAUGCUGUUGGAAGGCUUCAAUGGCAACACCCUGCAGGAUGUUGCACCCGAUUUGUGCAGUUUGCCGGUUGCAACCCAAAAGCACAUUAUGGCUCAGUGGACAAUGGUCCAAGCACAGCUCGCAACUUUGGCAUUUCCUCAAAUCGGUUCCAUCUCUGAUGUGACGGAAUCGGGAGAUCCUGUCAUUGGGAAGUUGUCCAUAUCAGCAUCUGAGGGCCUCGUUCCUCAAGGGCCAUUCUCCACGGCAGCCGAAUACUUCACCGCCACCGGAGAAGCUGCCCUCCGUAAGGCAGGUCUCCACGAUCAAGACCUCUCACACUUUAGCAGACUCGGGGCGCUGGUUUUUAUCGACAUCGUACGGAAUACUGGGCUCUUCAAGGAAUCACAGGCAUGCUAUCCCCUCAAUCACAUGGAUCUCGGCACGCAGAACAUCAUAGUUGACGACAAAUUCAACUUCCUGGGCCUUAUCGACUGGGAGUUCGCUCAAGCUGCGCCGUGGCAGGUCAAUCAUUACCCGAUGCCUUUUCCACUUCUUUGGCCGGACGAAAUGAUAAAGAGUGCCCUGGACGACCCUCAACACAUCGCACACAGAAACAUGUCGCGGCAAGAUUUCGCCCGAAAGCUGUAUUCUGAAAAGUUCCGGGAGGCUGAAUUUGUACUGAGGGAGGAAGGUCGGUAUCUAGGAGGAACAUUCGCCGAGGUAUUGGAGAGCCCAGCGUCAAGGGUUUAUGCUUGCUUCACCAAUCUUCGAAGCUUCCCAGAACAAGAUGCAGGUCAUGUCCGCGAGAUGGUGCGGCUCGCGUUUGGGUUUGACAGGGCGGGAACGGAUCAAUACCUUGAGAGCAUAAAUCUUAGGCAAACAAAUAUUUGCAGCGGAAGGUAAUGAGGAAAGGCCUGGCUUGGCCAUUGACAUGCGGGUAUACAUGAGGCUGCUGAGCUACUAAGACGUGAUUUCGAGUAUUCUCUAGCCAAGAUAGGCGCUGACAAACUGAUGCUCCUCCUCUACCAUCCU